AUGGGGACCAUAGGCAAGAAAGCUAUCCAGGGCCUCGCGGCUGGCAUUGGUCUCGUGUCGGAGGGAAUCCAUGCCCACAAGGCCCAUAAACAGCAGAGACAGCAACAGCAGACGCAGACGCGGUCCAGAGAAUCGGUUCAGAUAGACAGAAGCCUGCCUGAAGACAAUGGCUACUACCCGAGCGAGCACCACGAUGGCAGGACACAGAGCCCGGACAGAGCUGUCGUGGAGACUCUAGAGGAGCAAUGGGAACUCGACGAGGCACAAGAAGAGCUUCUCGCCCAAUCCCAACAUCCAGAAGACGAGUUGGACGAGAAGAAUGCCGCGUGUGAACCACUAGAUGAGGCCGGACUCGCCCGCGAGUUCGUUUCUGAGCAUCCACCACCGUAUACCCUGUCGCCAGAUGCCCCUGCGCCCCAGUUAAUGGCGCCGGUUGUUCUACCACAGCGUCGACCCAAAGAUCGCACGCGCGGCUUUAUCCGUGCCUAUGCGCCUUGUCUCGCGGACUUUGAUAUCGACGAGAAAACCUUUAUUGACUUCCUCGAUACCGCCGAGAAGGCAUGUCUGGCGCGCAAGUGGCUGAACGCCAUUAACCUGGCUUCUCUUGCGACAAUGUGUCUGCCUAGCGUUACUGGCAUGGCCGUUUCAAUCGCUAUUCAGAUCGCGACGGAUAUUGCCAUUGCGGCCGAUGGGCGUCAAAGGACCAACACAUUCUUCGCAAAAAUGAACAAAGAGUUCUUUAUCCCACGCGGCUUAUUCUGUCUGGUGAUGACCUGGAAUCCCGAGUUGGUGGAUGCCCCCUCCAUGACGGUGGAUGUGAAUUCCAUCAUCUCGCAGACGACCAACGCCAGCAACGCCGGCACACUCGCGCGACUCCGGAAUAGAUUUAAAUCAUCCGAUGGAAAGGGAUACGGUAAUAUCUUCCCAGAGGUUGCACCUUUGGUGUUUCCAGACCUUGACAAGCUGGUGACGGAUCAGGACGCCGAGAAGAAACUUUCCAAAAUGAAGAAAACGAAAGCCUUUGUUGAGAAGUAUAAGGAUAAGAGGGCACAGGCUAAAUUUAUCGCGGAAAACCCCAACAGCCAGUUGAAUCAAGGACCAAAACCGACCUUCACCUCGCGGUAUGCGGAUCCCAAUCACCCUGCCAGUAGCGGUGAUCUUCUUGCCCUGGUAACAGGCGGCCAUGUCUCUUCGUCUCGCGGCGGCGGCCUUCUUGGAGGUGGCCUUCGUGGUUCCCUCGGUGGUGGUGGUGGUGGUGGUCGAAACGGGUACCAAGACCAAGACGCCUAUUACUCGAACGGGCAGAAUGGCUCCUACGGUCGGUCCAUCGGAGGCAGAGAGCGACUCCCCGGUGGAAGAGGAGGCCUUCUCGGAGGUGGAGGUCUUCUCGGAGUCGCUAUUGACGUGGGUCGCCAGUUGAGUCAGAGACAGUCGUCCACCGGUGCUUCUGCUCCGAAUGGAGUCGGACGCAACGAUCCUUCUCCGGGAUUUAAUAGCAGGCAAGCGGGUUUAGGUUUAUCUCGUGGUGAUCAGAAGGGGAUAGGGCUUCUGAGGAAAGUAUAUCAAAAGAAAGUGCUGUAUCUUGCCAUUGUUAAUAUGCCGUCUGAGGCUGAACUCAACCAGGCACGGCGGGAAUUGGGUCAAUGA